AUGGAGGAACUGGUCAUUGCACCACCGCCAGUUCGGCAGAGGAAACGGCCGCACAACUUAGUUGAUUCUUCUGAAGACGAUGACGCGUCCCAACAUGGGAAGGAACUUACCAUGCGGCAAGCACCAACACCUCUCGAAACCGACUCCGCUCUCCAGCCAGCCGAGGCAGAUUUACUAACAGAGACACAUCCGCCAGCCGAGGCGAAUCCGCCAGCCAAGGCGAAUCCACCAGCCAGACCCACCCCUCCGACGGAUUUACUUGAGUCUGAUAAGACUGUCACUGCAACCAAAGUGGCAACAGACCCUGCCAAGCAGUAUGAAUUUCCAGCUAUGGAUACUGACCCGGUGGACAACCUCGACAUUCCUCGCGUUCCUGUCAGAGAAAGCAUUAACAAGAAUUUCGCACCGCACCGCGAUACGACAGCGAUCAACGACAAGCCCCCACCAUUGGCUGAAGAUACUCCCAUGGAGCUGGCUCGGCGCCAUACGAGAAUGCAUUGA